CCGUGGACAGCCUCACCGGAGGGCGACGUGGGCCGCGAAGGCCCCCGCUGCCGGCCACCGAGGAAGCUGGGGCCGGCGACUAGGCGCGGUGUGUGUGCGCGGCGGCUCCACCAUGUCGAAGGUGUCCUUUAAAAUCACGCUGACGUCGGACCCGCGGCUACCGUACAAAGUUCUCAGUGUUCCUGAAAGUACGCCUUUCACAGCAGUGUUAAAGUUUGCAGCGGAAGAAUUUAAAGUUCCUGCAGCAACAAGUGCUAUUAUUACUAAUGAUGGAAUAGGAAUAAAUCCUGCACAGACUGCUGGAAAUGUUUUUCUGAAGCAUGGCUCAGAGCUGCGAAUCAUUCCUAGAGAUCGAGUUGGAAGCUGCUAAUGUCUGCUUCUUGAAAUACCCAGCUUUUCAGAAUAAAUACUGGUAUUUGUUGUUGCUGUACUAUUGAAAUCAGGCAUUCACAAUACAAUGAAAGCACCAAGAAUCAAUGAAACAGGAAAAAUGACUCUUGUCCCUUCUUGUUCGUUUUGUUCAUGGGAAGAGAGAAUGCCUUUGAGUGGAGGGUACCAACCAUAGGUCACACAGUGGGUGACUGCUGCCUCACCAGAAGAAGAGGGUACUUCUGUGACCAAUGGACUGUGCUUUAAAAAAACAAACAAAGCCAACAACCAAACCAGAGGAUGAGUCUGAUCAGCCCUUUCAGGAACAUUUGGAAAAUCAAAAUUUACAGUAUCAGAUGUAUUUUCUGACUUGAGAAUUUAAAGGAUAAUGAUCGUAGAAGCAUUCAGCUCAAGAGCAUCUCACCUGCGGGCCCAUGUUUAGAUUUUCAAAUUAUAUUGGUUGUGAUGAGUUGUACAAAACCAAAAUUAAAUCAUGGGAUUUAACCAUUAUGUGUAUAAAGUUGGUAUCUUACACAAAUAGCUUCGACAUAGUGAUCUUGUGAAAUCAAAUGUGUCCUGGUGGGAAUUGACUACCGCAGAAGAAGCACCCUUAGCUAAAUUACGCAUUCCUUGAUAAUGUCUUAAUACAGUGUUCAGACAGAAGUCCUUACACCCUUCUUUUUGAGGAUUCUGUAGUGUCCAUUGUUUCAGAGGAGAUCUGACUUUUAGAACAAAGCUUAGCGAAGCAGCACCUAUGCUGGUGGGGUAUCCCUACUGAUCAGGAGCUUAAGGAAGCUGUUAGCAUUAGUGAUAAGUGGAUAAGAAGCCAGGGCAGCAAAGAUGGCCAGGCUCUUGCUGGAAGAACUGAAGAAGUGAUGAGGAACAGAAGGCUGGCAGUGUCACAGGAGACAUCAGAGAAGCUGCAGUAGGGUUGGAGAAGUAUGAAAGGGAGAAGAGGACCAGGCAUAGCAUCAGUGAUGAGGAGCAGGAGGCUGGCAGUGUUGCAGGAGAAGUAUGAAAGGGAGAAGAGUACCGGGCAUAGCAUCAGAAGGCACCUCCAUAUACAGUUCAGAACACCCACAGCCAUCUACAGAAAGAUGUCAGGGCCUGGGACCUGGGGAGGAGGCAAAGCUUUGUAAGCCAAAACCCAUGUGGAAAGAGAGAACAACUCCACAGUCAUCCUCUGACCGUACACGGAUGCCCUGAUGUGAGCCAAUGCCCCCUCCCACAAUGAUGCAUUCUUUUAAAGAUCAUCGUUGCUCCUACAGAGGAAAUCUAUGUCUUUAUCAUCUUGCAGGAUGAAUUAAAUGCUGACAGUGACUAAGUGAGAGCUGGCCUGUUCUUGAUUUAGCGGGUGAGCUUUUUGGAGGUGAGGGUCUGUGUGUCACAUGCUCCCUAGAGCUAGAGAUACAGGUUCUCAAUAAAUACUUACUGAAUUCAUGAA